UUGCCUUAGCGAAGUUCCCGUCCCAAGAAACAUGUCCCACGCGCCACGCCGUCGGUUUCCAGGGCAACCUGGUGCCUCUUAGCAACCCCGAGCGCAGCCAGGGUCGUUUCCUGGCGCCCCCAGCGCUGCCAUGGCGGCCGCCGGUCCUAGCGUCUUUCUACUCAUGGUCAACGGGCAGGUGGAGAGCGCCCAGGUGAGCGGCCGUGGAUCUUGCCCUCCUUCCCCCCAGUCUCCUCGGGGGCCCAUCGCGCGACCUCCCGGGCUGCUGCGUGGCUCCGGAGAGUUUCCGGAGUACGACGAGCUCUACUGCAAGUACUGCUUUGUGUACGGCCAGGACUGGGCCCCCACGGCGGGCCUGGAGGAGGGCAUCUCACAGAUCACAUCCAAGAGCCAGGAUGUGCGGCGAGCGCUGGUGUGGAACUUCCCCAUCGACGUCACCUUUAAGAGCACCAACCCCUAUGGCUGGCCACAGAUCGUGCUCAGUGUGUACGGACCAGACGUGUUUGGGAACGAUGUGGUCCGAGGCUACGGGGCAGUGCACGUGCCUUUCUCACCCGGCAGGCACAAAAGGACCAUCCCCAUGUUUGUUCCGGAAUCCACGUCUAAGCUGCAGAAGUUUACAAGCUGGUUCAUGGGACGGCGGCCCGAGUACACAGACCCCAAGGUGGUGGCUCAGGGUGAAGGCCGGGAAGUGACCCGUGUCCGCUCGCAGGGCUUUGUCACUCUCCUCUUCAAUGUGGUGACCAAGGACAUGAGGAAGCUGGGCUACGACACUGGGCCUCCUGACACGCAGCGUGCCUCAGGGCCCAGCCCACCCCAGGGCCUCCCCCAGUGAAAGCACCCACCCGGCCACGGCCAGGGCCACGGCAUCUGGCCACACAGCCGCACAGGCCAGGCGGCGUCCCGAGAACGCGGGGCUGUCCUUCCGGAGAGUUGGCCCCGGAUCCAUCUGCUUGAUGUGCAGCCUCGGGGGCCGGGGGUGGGGGCAGGCGGGGGAGAUUUUUAUAUAAUAAAGCAUCACCUUUUCACAGAAGCCAGGCCUGGAGCUGCCUCCCCUCCCCUUGGCACCGCCCCCCACUCCCUGGCAGCAGGUCCCUGGGGACAGAAGCUGCCCGGAGAGGCACACCACGACAGCCACCUGGGAUGUGAGCUCUGGUUCAGCCCCACUCAUGGCUGUGUGGCCUUGCCUUCGCCUCCACGCACUCCUGUCUAACACGGGAGGGAGACAAAGAGGCUUUUGGGGCUCAGGAGCGCCCGGCCCUUGUGCGAGGAGGGGAGAAUGGGAUCCGUAGGAGUCGCAGGGAGAGGCCCCCAAUCCUGCAGCCCAGCUCCCAGCACACGGGGAGCGGAGCCCGCAAUGCACAGGUCACCACGGCACUGCUGUGGAGUCCCCCUCCCAGCCUGCCCCCCGCCUGGGGACGGGACACGCAGCCUGCCCGGUCUCCUUGCCACCCGGUACCACCUCAGUCCGAUUCAAGGGGAACCACAAAGCCCCCGCCGCCCAGCCUCACGACCACCGGCCUCGCCCCCGCACACUGUCCUGGCUGCCUGUGGAGCCUGCCCUACGACCCCACCGAGCUGCCACUGCUCUGCCCCUCGUCUCACUUAGCUCUCCGGGCACCCCCGGCUCCCUGUGUGCUCUGCAACUCGUGGUCUGGUGUCAGCAACAUUCCUGUGAUUCUCACCGUCUUUUCUGAAUGGAAAGUUCCCUCAAACUCGGUCCUGGGCUGAAGCCCACAGUGCCCCUUGCAGCCCUCCUCAGCUGCCCUGCCCCGUGGACCUUAGGCCUAAAGACGAGGUUUGCGUCCGGACCCCCACUAGCAUUUCCACCUCCCCGGUCCCAGCUCCUGAGACGCCCACCGAAGACCUGACCACCUCGCCCUCGGGCUGCUUCUCCGCCCUUCUGGACACCACCACCGUCCCUUUCCCACCUCCUCCCCUGCGAUGACCUUGGCCUGGCCCCUCACCAGCCCCUCGCCUCCUGCUGGUUCCUUUCCUGGGGGCCCCUGCCAGCAGUCCUUCCUGGCCUCUGGGCCCUCGCUGCCCAGAGACCCCUGUCACGUCAGGCUUGGCCCGCCAGCCCCUCUGACAGUGCUUCACCCCCUUCUCGUUCUGUUCCAUCGUGCGCUUUCAUCAACAUUUCCCUAUGAAGUGCAAAUAAGGUCACCGUGAUCAGCCAGCCGCCCGGAUUCCACCCUUGCCCUCCUCCCAUACUUGGGUUCUCAUCCCUCCUUCCAUCCGGCCUGGUUUUAGUGCAUUUCCAAAUCGCAGGCGCCAUACGUUUCAGCAUGCCUGUCCAUGACUGGAGAUGGUAUUUGUUCCUAGGUGUCAUUUGUGUCUCUCGAGGGAACACAGAUGUGGACCGCAAUGCAUAAAUCUCAGGUGUACUACUCGCGGAGCUGUGGCCAAUGCGUGCCUGACGCCUAGUCAGGGUCUAGAAUGCUGCCAUCACCUCGGAAAGCUGCCACACACCUCUCUCAGUCAAGGCAGGACAAGGCUGGAAACCUGGGAGGCUGACGGCACUCUGUGCCUGGGAAGCAGGGAGCAGGGGGGAGAUCUGGGACCAUCCACAUGAGUAACAGGCAAGGGUGGCCCCAGGUUCACUCCCCACUGUCCGUUCUGUCCUCCACGGUGACGACGCUGUGUGCUCACAAGGCCAUUCCCCAGGCCCCUUGUGUACAGGCGGGUCCCCGGAGUAGUUCUGGCCAAAGAAAGGUGGGUUGAAAGGCUGUUCCGCACUUACAGGUCUGACCCACUUAAAAACUCCGUGGUAGGGGCGCCUGGGUGGCACAGCGGUUAAGUGUCUGCCUUCGGCUCAGGGCGUGAUCCCAGCGUUGUGGGAUCGAGCCACAUCAGGCUCCUCUGCUGGAAGCCUGCUUCUUCCUCUCCC